UCCUCUCGGGUUUCGGUGAAGAAUGUCAGCCACCAGCGUGGAUCAGAGACCUAAAGGGCAAGGAAGUAAAGGUGGGAAAAGAUGAUGCACACUUCUGUUGACUUUCCUAACUUGAUGUAGUCAGGACCAGAGCAGAGAACCACCUGGCUUCUCAGGCCCAUGUUCUAUCUUGAUUUGACUUUGCUUCAUAGGGCAGAGGAAACAGGCGAAGAAACAUUUUCAGUACAAAAUGGUUCGAUUCAUCAAAAAGAUGCUGUAAAUGACGAUGAUUUUGAGCCAUACUUAAGUAGCCAGACAAAUCAGAAUAACAGCUAUCCACCAAUGUCAGAUCCAUAUAUGCCUAGUUACUAUGCUCCAUCCAUUGGAUUUCCAUAUUCUCUUGGGGAAGCAGCGUGGUCCACGGCUGGAGACCAGCCUAUGCCGUAUCUGACAACUUAUGGACAGAUGAGCAAUGGAGAGCAUCAUUAUAUACCAGAUGGUGUUUUUAGUCAACCAGGGGCACUAGGAAAUACCCCUCCAUUUCUUGGUCAACAUGGAUUUAACUUUUUUCCUGGUAAUGCUGAUUUCUCAACAUGGGGAACAAGUGGAUCUCAGGGACAAUCAACACAAAAUUCUGCUUAUAGCAGCAGUUAUGGCUAUCCACCUAGUUCUCUUGGGAGAGCUAUUACUGAUGGACAGGCUGGAUUUGGCAGUGAUACUUUGAGUAAGGUGCCUGGCAUUAAUAGUAUUGAGCAAGGCAUGACUGGACUGAAAAUUGGUGGUGACCUGACAGCUGCAGUGACAAAAACUGUAGGGACAGCCUUGAGCAGCAGUGGAAUGACUAGCAUUGCAACCAAUAAUGUUCCCCCUGUUAGCAGUACAGCACCUAAACCAACUUCUUGGGCUGCUAUUGCCAGAAAGCCUGCUAAACCUCAACCGAAACUUAAACCCAAGGGCAGUGUGGGAAUUGGUGGGUCAGCUGUGCCGCCACCUCCUAUAAAACACAACAUGAAUAUUGGAACUUGGGAUGAAAAGGGGUCAGUGGUAAAGGCUCCACCAACCCAACCAGUUCUGCCUCCUCAGACUAUAAUCCAGCAACCUCAGCCAUUAAUUCCACCACCACCAUUGGUGCAAAGCCAACUGCCUCAACAGCAGCCUCAGCCACCACAACCACAGCAGCAACAAGGACCUCAGCCACAGGCCCAGCCUCACCAAGUGCAGACUCAACAGCCACAGCUGCAGAAUCGCUGGGUUGCUCCUCGGAAUAGGGGAACCGGCUUCAACCAGAAUAAUGGACCCGGCAGUGAAAAUUUUGGUUUAGGUGUUGUACCUGUUAGUGCUUCGCCUUCUAAUGUCGAGGUGCAUCCAGUACUGGAAAAACUAAAGGCCAUAAACAAUUACAAUCCCAAAGACUUUGAUUGGAACCUGAAGAACGGGCGUGUGUUUAUAAUUAAGAGCUAUUCUGAGGAUGAUAUACAUCGUUCCAUCAAGUACUCCAUCUGGUGUAGUACUGAGCAUGGUAAUAAGCGUUUGGAUGCAGCUUACCGUUCCCUGAAUGGGAAAGGCCCACUCUAUUUACUCUUCAGUGUGAAUGGCAGUGGACAUUUUUGUGGAGUGGCUGAAAUGAAGUCUGUUGUGGACUAUAAUGCAUAUGCUGGUGUCUGGUCUCAGGAUAAGUGGAAGGGCAAAUUUGAAGUUAAAUGGAUCUUUGUCAAAGAUGUUCCCAAUAACCAAUUACGACAUAUUCGCUUAGAAAAUAAUGACAACAAACCAGUAACCAAUUCAAGGGAUACGCAAGAAGUACCCCUGGAAAAAGCAAAGCAAGUGCUUAAAAUAAUCGCUACUUUCAAGCACACCACCUCAAUCUUUGAUGACUUUGCACAUUACGAAAAACGUCAAGAGGAGGAGGAAGCCAUGCGGCGGGAGAGAAAUAGAAACAAGCAAUAACCACCAUGUGGAGAUAUCCUAUUAAAAUGACAACACUAAUGAUGUAGACUCUGGAAAUGCCUAAUAAGUCAAAGAAGACAUUAUUAAAGC